AUGGAUCGCAGCUUUUGUUUGAUAGCUUACAUUCAUUCAAAUAUAAUAUUAUUGACGUUAUUCGCAAUAUUAUCGCAAUUAUUAACAAUUCAAAACUCAUUUGUCGUUAGUUUGGUCACAGAUCGUGACGCCAGUGGAGUCGUCAGUACUGAGAGUAAGAAUCAACUGAUCUGGUCAUCCAUCCAAUGGUCUCCAUAUAACUCAUCGACAUCUCAGGAAACUAGAAACAAAAGGGAUGAAACAGAAGAUCCCGGAAGAGCUUACGGAAGGGGUGUUGGAUUUUUUGUUGGAGAACCGUGUGAAUCGACGUGUAAUCAAAUUUUAUUUCACGUAUUUUGUAAUCUAACGACUCAUUUGUGUGAAUGUCUAUCAGACUAUCCGGUAAAUGUUGACAACAAAAUCUGUAGAAAAGCCGUAUCACUUGGAGAUAACUGUGAGGCCAGUGAAGAGUGUAGUUAUUUGGUGACAAACGCUGUCUGUGGUGUCGAUGCUAAGUGUCAGUGCAAUCAAGGUUUUAAUGUUAAAAGUAGUGACAAAAUGGGAACUGCCUGUGUUGCCGGUGAGUCACCGAUGCAUUUACGUAUAGGUUCGGCCACUUACGAGUUCAUCAAUAAUGCCGAUGUGACCACUUUGUUGAGCCUUAUUACUAGUCUUUUUAUGCUUAUAUUUCUACUCUGUUUUGUCAUCAAAUUGUUCAAUAAAGCCCGUUUUAAUGGCGCCGACGAUCGUUGUUAUUCGCGAUCAUCAGCCGUACCCCCCGUUAUACUGACCGGACAUCUCCAGCAAACGACUCCAUCGCGAGACUCGAGUAUAAUCAAUGACUUCCCCUCACGUCGAGCCAGUUAUACACUAUUAGCGCCUCCGCCUUCAAACUUAGCGUCUCGACGGCCGAGUAUGUCAUCCAUACGAUCUCAAAGUUCAUUAAGAAGUUAUUCAUCGUAUAGAAGCCAAUCGUCGUACAGAAACAACUAUAGACCAGGAAAUGGUUUCCGAGAGUCUGUCCGACGAACCACAUCCUCACCAAUCGAUUCAAUGCAACAAAUUGUGUCAAAUUCAGCGUUUAAUAGUCAAUCAUAUCGUCAAAACCACUUCACACCAAACUUAAGAAACAAAAGUGAAACAUGUAUUAUUCAUGACUCGUCUGGAAUCAACCCAUCAGUGCCUAACCAUUGAUUUUCAUUAUUUUAGUCAAUACAACUAUUAUACAGUAAUUUUCAAAACUAUCUCUAAAUGUUUGAAAUUGAAUACAUUAAGUAAAUA